AUGAAUGAAUCUGAACUGAGGAUACGCUUAAGUCUAAUUGAGACGAAUUUCUCCCAACUUCGCGAUAUACAAACUGAAAUAGAGCAAGGGAAUGAGGAACCCAGCCAAGAAUUUAAACGAAUUUACUUUGAAGACCUUUAUUGUGACAUAAAGGCAAUUAUAGUAAGCGAGCAUUCUAAGAGAAAAGAGCAGUGUAGUGUGUUAGAUACUAGUGGCGGCUUUUCCGUUACAUUGCCAGGGAAUCAACACCGUUCCUGUAAUUUGCCAAAAUUGAAAUUACCCCAUUUUUCGGGUAAAUAUACUGAAUGGAUGAGUUGGUUCAACACAUUCGUCACAUUAGUUGACUCAGAUGUUGAAUUAGAUGAGCUUUCCAAAUUUGUACAUCUGCGUUCUUGCUUAGAUGCAGUACCGUUGUCCACAAUUGAGGGAUUGGAGCUAUCUGCGUCCAACUAUAAAAGAGCGCUAGGGCUUUUAAAAAAUCGAUUUGAAAAUCGGUCAAUAAUAUUUCAAGCGCACGUUAGGGAGCUUACGGAAUUGCCGCGAAUGGAUCAUGGAAGCUCAGAUAAUCUUAGAUUGUUAGUAGAUAGGGUUAAUACGCAACUUGAAGCUCUAAAAUCGUUAGGAAACGAAAAGGAUAUUUUAGACGUGAUAAUAUACAAUUCGAUUCGAUCUAAACUUGAUCCAAGCACUUUAUCCAAAUGGGAGAGUCAAUGGGAUUGUACGACUUUACCGUCAUGGGCUUUAUUGUCGAAAUUUCUAGUUAAUCAACAUGCUAUGUUAGCUAAUCGAGAAUUAACUCGCAAUGUUGGGGAUAGAAUUCAAAAGAAGCCAAAUAAUAAGCAAGGUAGCUCUGUGUUGAUAGCUUCAUUUAAUUCUGACUCAAAGAUCCGAUGUUAUAGUUGUGAAGGCAAGCAUUCACUAUACCAAUGUCAAAAUUUUCUUAAACUGUCGCCGUUACAGCGAUAUUAUGAGGCAAAAAAAUAUUCAUUAUGCCUAAUUUGUCUAGAAAAACGACACUCUAUAAAGGAGUGUGGAUCCAGUCGUUGUCAAACUUGUUCAGAAUAUCACGCAUUGGAUCAUUUAGAAAUUUUAAAUAAUGCAGAGGAAAUAGCAAAGAUCAAAUAUUUUAUGCCGCACCAUGCAGUAGUCCGACCGGAGAGUAUAACUACAAAAUUACGUGUAGUCUUCGACACGUCGUGCAAGACGAGUAAUGGGCGAUCCUUAAAUGAUAUGUUAUUAGUUGGACCAACAUUACAACCGGAAUUAUUUGAAAUUCUGAUUCAUUUUCGAUGUUAUAGAUUUGCUUUAACAGCUGACAUUUCUAAAAUGUACAGACAGAUUUUAGUUGAUGAUGAGGGCAUAAAUUAUCAAGGUAUUCUUUGGCGCGAUAAUUCUGAAUAUCCAAUGCAGGUGUUGCGACUAAAAACGGUCACUUACGGUACUAGUUCAGCUCCUUAUCUGGCAGUUCGAUGUUUAAAAUUUUUGGCAGAUGAGUAUAGGGAUACACAUAAAGAAGCUGCGUCAAUGUUAAUGAACAACUUCUAUAUGGAUGACAUGCUAGGUGGGGCAGAUUCAGUGCAAGAAUUGAUAGCAAUUAAAAAUGAAGUUACAUCUCUAUUAAGUUUGGGCAAUUUUGAGCUACAUAAGUGGCGCUCUAACUGUGAGGAACUAUCCGCCACUAUGAACUCGCCACUUUUAAUUAAAACAGAUGAUUGUUCAAAAACAUUGGGAAUUUAUUGGGAUUCAAAAAGUGAUUUUUGGAAGUUCACUUAUGAUAUUACGAAGACCGAAUCGAUUUCCAAACGGAGAGUAUUGUCCGAGUUAGCUCAAUUAUUUGAUCCUCUGGGGUUACUAAGUCCGAUUAUUAUAAUUGGAAAAAUAUUUAUGCAGGAGUUGUGGCUCCGUAAUAUCCACUGGAAUGAAUCACUUCCUCAGGAUCUCCAUACUAGGUGGCAAAAGUAUCGCCAAGAAUUAAGAUCAAUUUCAAAGUGUACUUUCCCUCGGUCGGUAGUGUCACUAAACAGUGUUAGUUCCAUUCAGUUACAUGGGUUUUUCGAUGCCUCGGAACGGGCGUUUGGUGCAGCUAUUUAUGUUAGAUCAAUUGAUGCUCCUGUACAUGCAACAUCAUUGCCUCGUUUAGAGCUUCAAGGUGCGUUAUUAUUAGCUGAGUUAAUGUGCAGAAUUCAGAAAUGUAUCGCCCAUAAGAUUCAAGCUGUCCAUUAUUGGACUGAUUCAACUAUAGUACUGAAUUGGUUAUUAUCUUAUUCUAAAAGAUGGGUAACAUUUGUAGCAAAUCGAGUAGAUAAAAUUCAAGAGUUAUCAGUCCCCGAGAGCUGGCAUAAGAUUGAGUCGAAGCUUAAUCCGGCAGACAUAAUCUCGCGUGGCAUGUAUCCUAGUGAACUUAAAGACUGCAACUUGUGGUACAAAGGCCCAGCAUUCUUAAGUCUGGACAAAGAGAAUUGGCUACAAUAUAAUUGGAAAAUAGUUAAUGAAGCGAUACCUGAAGAAAGAAAACAAAUACUCAGUUUAUUUUGUAAACCUAGUCACAAUUUGGAAGAUUUAGUAAGUAGGUGCAAAUUUAUUAAUGAAUUUGGUAAGCUGCAAAGAGUCUUCAGUUAUAUUUUUAGAUGGGUUCAACGCGUGCGUAUAAAAAAACGAAAUUCAGGGACAGAUGUAGAAACUUUAACUGUGUCAGAGUUGAGAGGUGGGCUUCAUUACAUGGUGUUUAAUGUUCAGAACGUUUGUUUAGGCGACGUAAUUAACUGUAUAAGGUCAAAUCAGAGUAUUAAAAGUUCAAACAUUCAAGGGUUAAGCCCGUUUAUAGGUACCAAGGGUCCCGCGCCAAUUAUUCGAGUAGGUGGGCGAUUAAAGAAUGCCUCGCUGCCAUUUCCGGUUGAGCACCCAAUUUUGAUGCCAAAUAAUCACGGUUGCGUACGCGCUUUAAUUAAGUACUUACACCGCAUUAACUAUCACGCUGGCGUUCAAGCACUUUGUGCAUUCGUAAGACAAAGAUAUUGGGUUAUAAAUUGCCGAUACUUAGCUCGCAAAGUCGUUCGAAGCUGUUUGGAUUGUUUUCGUCAACAUCCAACGACGUCAACACAACUCAUGGGUUCGCUGCCGUCUUAUCGCGUCGAUGCAGGUGUUACUCCAUUUAUGCAUACAGGCAUGGACUUUGCUGGUCCAAUUAAAAUCCACUUCAACAUACGCGGAAAACGACCAGAUAAAGCACACUUAUGUCUCUUUGUUUGCUUUUCCACUAAGGCGGUUCAUAUUGAGGUGGUGUCAGACUUAAGUAGUAAUGCAUUCAUUGCCUGUCUGAAACGUUUUUUUGCCAGAAGGGGCCUUAGUGCUUAUUUAAUGUGUGACAAUGCGACUAAUUUUGUAGGAGCUUCACGAGAACUGAAUGAAUUGGCUGAAGAGUUCUUCAAGACGUCCACAAGAAAUCGUAUAACAAAUGAGUGUGCCGAUAGAGGUGUCAAUUUUCAUUUUAUUCCACCCAGAUCGCCCCAUUUUGGUGGUUUGUGGGAGAGCGCGGUAAAAGUAGUGUAG